AUGCCGCGCCCGGCCUCCCUACUCGCCGCGGCGGCCGCGCUGCUACUUGCCGUCGCGGCGCCCGCGCGCGCCGCGUACCUGCAGCGCCCCGAGCAGGACUGCCUGAACCCCAUGGUGGCGAAAGUCAACCAGUUUGACUUUUUUCCCGAUGAGUACCGGUCAAUGGUCGACAAGGCCCCCGCCCACGGCUUCCAGGCCGCCAGCCAGGUGACCGAGGCUGCUGAUUUUGACAUCAAGUACUACGGGACUUACAAGGUCGUGCGUGUGAAGCGUUUCAAAAAGUCAUACCUCCUCUACCAGUGCGGCACCCCGGACCCCUCCACGCUGCCAGCCGGCGCAGCCGAGGGCGUGACCCCUGGCAUGACGUCGUUCGAGAUCCCGCUUUACUCAGUUGCCGUGACGGACACAACUGUCAACGGUUUCCUGUCUGAGCUGAACCUCAUCGACCGCGUGGCUCUGGCCAGCCCCUACUCUGUUGAGAGCUGCUUCCAGCGCCUGGUGGACACCAAGAGCCAGGACGGCUGCAAGCUGGUGACGCCCAACCCCUUCUUCAACACCAGCGACCCCAACGCGGAGGGGGCGUUCAAGGAGGCCAACGCCACCAUGUACGAAGAGUCAGACGCUGUCUUUGUUGGCUUCAACGACGAUGCGGCGAAGGACAUCCUGUUCCCCGUCACCGCUGACCCGGGUCCCCUGAACCGCGCCGAGUGGAUCAAAUUUGUUGCGGCCUUCUUCAACAAGGAGAUCGACGCGAACAGCGCUUUUGACAGCAUCAAGUCGACCUACAACACCCUGAAGAAGCUUGUGGCGGACAAGAGCGGGGAGCCGACCGCCAGGCCGCGGCCCAAGGUGGCGUGGGUGUCGACCAACAGCAGCGGCGUGAGCUUCAGGAUGGAUCCCUUCAAGGUCACACUGGUCAAGGACGCGGGCGGCGUCCCCUUCAACCGCUCACGUGUCGAGGCGUUGGGCGGCCAGUACAGCACCAAUCCCACCUUGGGUGUGUCUUAUGUGUUCGUCCCCAAGAACGCCGACGGCCUGAAAAUCCUCCUGGGCGAGGCCGACAUGCUCAUCGACGAGACCUACUACAUCGGCAUACCCUCGGCCCUCAACAUCAGCCGCUCCCUCGGGUUCCUCAACGUCGGCGAGGCCCAGGCCACGGUGCCGGCAUUCACGCAGCAGCAGGUCUACAGGUGGGACGGCGAGCAGAGCCCCACGGGCAGCAGCAGCUGGCUGGAGAUGGCGGUGGCGCGGCCCGACUGGGUGCUCAUGGAUCUGGCGCGCGCCAUGACCCCCGCAGUACUCAGCGACGUCCUCAACGUGACCAACCACCUCGCAAACAAGGGGCCCGCCGGCACGGACUUCAACUAUCUGCUGCAGGUCGGAAACAAGGCCGACCGCGGCCGCCCCCGCAUCACCGCCGCCAAGCUCUGCACCACCUUCCCUUCCUGCAAGGACCGCGGCGCCUUCGCCAUCUGCCCCAACGUGUAUCGCGACUGCGGCAGCGGCGCGCUCAAGCGCGCCGACCCGACGCAGCGCUGCAACAGCUGGGCGGUGUGCGAGCCCGUGGAGCUGGACGGGGCGGCGGGCGGGGGCGGCAAGAAGAACACGGCGGCGCGCGCGGCGCCCGGCGCGGCGGCAGCGGCCGCGGCGCUGCUCGGCGUGGGGGCGCUGCUGGCGCUGGCUUAG